UGUGAGUAAUUCACAUAUUCUUAUAACUUCCUGGAUUAGUUUCAAGUCUAUAAAUAAGAAAGAAAGUGUAAUUAUCACGAUAAAUUCGGUUUUGAUAAUCAUAUAGCGGGCGAUUUCAUAUCGUUAAAACAAUGAAGCUCCUUCUUUUAUUUGUUUUGUUUAUUGGUAGUUCAGCUUUACACCAAUUCAACCAGGACAUGGAUACAGAAUGGCUACUUUUUAAGAAAGCGUACAACAAAGCUUAUGAGAACGGAAAUGAAGACUAUUUAAGGCGAUCUAUUUGGGAGAAGAAUGUUAGAUAUAUUGAACACCACAAUUUGGCAGCUGACAGAGGAGAACAUAGUUACUGGCUUGGUAUCAAUCCUCUCGCUGAUAUGUCAACUGAUGAAGUGAUCGAAACAAUGACAGGAAAAUUGAUACAUGGAAACACAAGUGCAGGUUCUACAUUUCUCCCUCCAAAUAAUGUUGAGAUCCCCAGUGAAGUGGACUGGAGACAGAAAGGCUAUGUUACUCCUGUGAAAGAUCAGGGAAAAUGUGGAUCAUGUUGGGCUUUCUCAGCUAUAGGAUCUUUAGAGGGACAGCACUUCAGGAAAACAGGAAAACUUGUAUCUCUAUCGGAACAAAAUUUGAUGGACUGUUCAUCCAAAUAUGGAAACAGAGGCUGCAAUGGAGGUUGGUUAGCUACAUCAUUUAAAUACGUCAAAGAGAAUAAAGGAGUAGAUACAGAAAAUAGCUACCCAUACGAGGGAAAGGAUGGAAACUGUCGGUACACCAAAUCUUAUAUUGGAGCUUCUAUCACCGGUUACACUGGGAUCAGAAAUGGAGAUGAAAAUCAGUUGAAGGAGGCCGUAGCAACAGUAGGACCUAUUUCAGCAUGCAUUUACGUGGAUCAAAACUUUAAGUUGUACAAACGAGGUGUUUUCAAUAAUCCGAGCUGCAAGUCUUACACCCCUAAUCACUGUAUCCUGGUUGUUGGAUAUGGCUCACAAACCAAUGAUGAUUAUUGGCUUGUUAAAAACAGUUGGGGAACCGGAUGGGGAAUGGAUGGCUAUAUAUUGAUGUCAAGAAAUAGAAACGAUCAGUGUGGAAUUGCAAGAGAAGCCAUGUACCCACUAAUGUGAUGACUAUAUGAACUGCGGUUUAAUUUGUUGAAUUUUUGAAAAUACUUAGAUUAUAGUGUCAUAAAAUACAGUGAAUCGUUCAAAUAUAUAAAUCUUUGAAAAACUUUUAAAUAAGGAAAAACAGAGAAAGUAUAACGUUAUUUAUCUUGUUUUUUCGAACUAAAAUUUCGAAAAGACAAUUAGGUAUUAAAGAUGAAAUUAAGAAAACGCAGAGUUCAAACUGUGACAUGGAUAAAUGGUAUUUUUUUGGAAUUGAUGAACAAAGAAUUUUUUUUUCUCUAUUUGCAAAGAAACAUAACACUAUUAGCAGUUCGAAUAGACGAACCUUCAGUUUUUCGAUUCGAUCUCUGUCAUCUUACUUAAAAUAAAAUAAAAAUAAACACAAAGAGUUAUGAGGCGCAUUCUAUCACUGAGAAGAUUCGUAACACAAUUAUAUUAGAGUUUUGCAUAGACUUAGCCUUCCGGAGCACCUGAGAUCACCCGUAGUUUUUGGUGGGGUUCGUGUUGUUUAUUCUUUAGUUUUCUAUGUUGUGUCAUGUGUAAUAUUGUUUGUCUUUUUGUCUUUUUCAUUUUAAGCCAUGGCGUUGUCAGGUUGUUCUAGAUUUAUCAGUUUAACUGUCCCUUUGGUAUCUUUCGUCCCUCCUUUAUAGCUAAAUACUAGUAUACUUCUUCGAACGAUGUCAGUAUUUUUAGACAUUCGUUUGAUUCAAUAGCAGUAUGAAUUUGUUUGUAGCAUCUUAUGCUUUUAAGAGGGUGUCCAUUGAAUAAAACAGGCAGUGGAUUUUGUUUUCAAAAGUUUUUCAUCUAUUUCAUAUCACAAAUUCAUUCUUUCUCAAAGUUAAUUUUUUGUUAUUAACUGCAACAAAUAAAGAGAAAAAAAAUACAUAGAAAGCACUGAAAAUUCAUUAAAAAGGGGAGACAACUCUUCAUUUUGUACUCAUUUUGUUGCAUUGUUAGCGAACUUUAAAAUCAUUUUCUGAGCCAUCAACUAUUGAUUCAAAAAUAUCUUUGACAUAUAUAUCCUUAGUUUGAUAUAAACAUUGCAUUGGAACCAAUAAUUCAGUGGGAAAAAGUUAUGUUGUGCCACCCAUAUCAUCAUCUUCGCUAGCCAAGGGUUACGAUCCACUCCCGCUCUCUUCACCCUUGGCGGAUUGAGAUAAUAUUUCGGAGACACAAGGUAAGGAUUUUUAUUGGUUGCAGUAGAUACUCGCUGCAUCCAAACAAAAAGCGCCUAUAACAUGAUCACGUGUAAAUGUUGAAAGUGUUUGUAAACAAUUACCACGUGUUUAUUGUGCAACAAGUCUUUACAUCACUAAACAUAGGACUAUAUUUAGUGACAACUUGAAUGUUUUUAAUCAACUUAUAGAAGUUUCUGUGUAUGUUUCAUGCACAAAUGCAUGAAUAUUGACAUAUAUUUUCGUUUCCGGCUUUACCAAGUGGUUAGAAUCUAGACGCUACCGUGUUUUUAUCUCCAAAUUGAAGAGUUCAAGUGCUACCAUUGGUCAAGAAUAAUUUAUUCGGAAUGGGCGUGACUUUAAACUUCCGAUAGAUGGCGCAACAUUGAUAUCACAAAUGUUGGCUCAAUCUGCCAAGGGUGAAAAGAGCGGGAGUGGAUCGUAACCCUUGGCUAGCGAAGAUGCCAUAUCAUAGGAUUUGCUUGAUAUUUAUUUGGACAGCCUCUUAAUGAUAUAGUGACGCAUAGCUUGAUCUUGAUCUAUGUGAAUUGUUUAUUUUAACCCGAAUUGGCAAUUUGAAAAUUUAUUCACGUAAACAAUUCUAGUCAUGUUUAUCUUUUAAUUAAUUCAAUAAUUAAUGUGAUCAUUGAUUUUAACGUCACUAAAAUACAUACCUCCUAGUUUUCUGACUAGCACGGGAUUUCCUCGUAAAAAUUUGCUUUUUUGUUUAAAUGUUAAAUACUUUUAAGCAUGAUCGUUUAGCGAUUCCCCACUAUACGCCUAGCUCGGUAGCUCAUGAAUAUGUAUUUCCAUGAAUAUUAUCAAUUAUAGUCUAAUUGAUAUUUUCUUUAAUUUUGUUUAUUAUAGAUACGUUACUUUCAAUCAGAAUGUCUACCAGCAUGAACAAUCUAUUGAAUAUUUUAUAUAGGUACCUUUGAUAACAAAUUAUAUAAAGAGUAUUUUUAUAUUG